AUGGCAACUUUUACGACUUCUCCCAGCGUUCGGCAGGAAAAAUAUGAUGUUUUUGUAAGUUUUAGAGGUCCAGACACCCGACGUAGAUUUGUUAGCCAUUUGAGAAAGCAGUUUCGACAAAAGGGGAUAGAGGUUUAUGUUGAUGAGACGGCAGAGAGAGGAGAUACAAUAUCCCCUGCACUUUCGGAAGCAAUAGAAAGAUCAAGAAUUGCGCUGGUGAUAUUCUCAGAAAACUAUGCUUCUUCAAGGUGGUGCUUAGAAGAGCUAGUGAAAAUCAUGGAAUGCAGGCGAGACCAUAGUCAGACUGUAAUUCCAGUUUUCUAUGAUAUAGACCCAUCACAUGUUAGGCAUCAAAGAGGGUCUUAUGAAGAUGCAUUUGUUCAGCAUCAUAACUGCAAAGUUGGUUCAAGGAAGUUGCAAGAUUGGAGAUCGGUCUUGAAAGAAACUGCAGACAUAUUUGGUUAUCAUAACUCCUCAAAUUUUCAGGAUGAAUCUGAUCUUAUUGACGAAAUAAUCAAAGAUGUAUGCAAAAAGCUAGAAGGUAAAGGUAAAGACACAGUGGAGCCAAUGGAACAUAUUGGAGUUGAGAAAAAUUUGACUCCUAUUGAAUUAUUUAUGAAAGAUGAAUCACAUGAAGUUAGAGUUUUUGGAAUUUGGGGUAAAGGAGGAAUAGGCAAAACCACCUUAGCUCAUGCCGCAUUUGAUAACUUUUACCACCGAUUUGAUAGGUCUUGCUUCGUCGAAAAUGUGAGAGAGAAAUCAAAAACGAUUGGAACGAAUUGUUUGCUUGAAAAAAUUCUCUCUGUUCUACUAGAUGAAGAAAAGCUCACAAUGGUUGGAAUGCCUAAUGUUCAAAGGAGGCUACGUAGAACAAGAGUUUUUCUAGUUCUUGAUGAUGUUGACACCUCCACUCAAUUAAAAUAUCUUAGUGAGGAAAAUCUUUCAUUGGGACCAGGUAGCAAAGUCAUCAUUACAAGUAGAGAUAAGCAUGUUCUUAUUAGUGGAGGAGCUCAUGAAGUACAUGAGGUGAAAGAAUUAAGUAAGGAAGAAUCGCUUCAACUUUUCUGCCGACAUGCUUUCAAGCAAGGCCAUCCCGAACAAGGAUAUGAAAAGUUAUCAAUGCAGGUAAUUGAAUAUGCAAAAGGUCUUCCUCUGGCAUUAAAAGUUUUGGGCUCAUAUUUGAACUCUAGAGAUACAAAAGCAUGGGAGAGUGCCCUUAAAAAAUUGAGAAAGUCUCCCCAUGCAGAAAUUCAAACUGUAUUGAGGGUGAGCUAUGAUGGACUUGAGAAAACAGAAAAGAAGAUAUUUUUACAUAUUGCAUUCUUCUUCAGAAUAGAAAUUCAUGAUAUGCUACAAGAAAUGGCUGAAGAAAUAGUUCGUGAGGAAUCUAGAGAGCACCCUGAAAGUCGAAGUCGAUUAAAUGAUGCAAAAGAAGUUCAAGAUAUACUGGAAAAUAACAAGGGAACUGAUAUAAUUGAAGGCAUCGCAUUGAACCCAUGUGAGUUAAAAAGCAACAUACGCCUGAGUGCUGACGGCUUUAGUAGAAUGAGUAAUUUAAAAUUUCUCAAGAUUGGUUUUCAUUUUCAAGACAAAUAUCAAGUGGUUUGUCCUUUUGGUCUAGAGUCACUUCCUGAUGAACUAAGAUAUUUUUGUUGGGAAAGUUAUCCAUUGAAGACUCUACCGCUUGGUUUUUGUGCAAAGAAUCUUGUUGAAAUCCAACUGCCUUCUAGCAAUCUUGUAAAACUAUGGGAUGGUGCGCAGGAUCUUAAGAAUUUGAAAAAAAUAAAUCUUGCCUGCUCGAAGUUAAAGGAGUUGCCUGAUUUCUCCACGGCACAAAAUCUUGAAAUAAUGAGCCUCAGAUUUUGUGUAAAUUUAUGCAGUAUUCAUCCAUCAAUCUUGUCUCUUCCUAAACUUGUUUCUUUGGAUCUAGAGGGGUGCCUCACACUAAAGAAUCUUCAUGGGAAUAACCAUUUGAAAUCUCUCAAGGAACUCAAGCUGACGCACUGCUUUGCUCUCGAGGAAUUUUCGGUGUCAUCAGAAGAAAUGAGAAGCUUACAUUUGAAUAAUUCAGGUAUCAAAACAUUAAACUUGCCAUUUGGACGGUACAAUAAACUUGAAGAGCUAUAUCUCGGUGGGAGUCUCAGGAACUUUCAAGUAAAUGAGCUAAGUUGCUUGACAUCUCUUAAAAUAUUCUCUCUUAAUCGUUUUGAAGGAAGAAUGGUCAAAUCACAAUUAUCCAUUCUGUUUGAUGCGUGUUGUUCGUUAGAAGAAUUGAGGUUGACAUACUGUAAGGUUUCUGAGAUCCCUGAUAAUAUCAGUGCCAUGUCAUUGUUGAAGAUUCUAUCACUACGAGGAAGCAGCGUUAAGAGUUUGCCAGAUAGCAUCAAGCGUCUUUCAGAGCUCAGAGAAAUUGAUUUGGGUAAAUGCAAGAGGCUUAGGUCCUUACCAGAACUUCCAUCUUCCCUUAUUUGUUGUUAUCUCAACGACUGCCCAUCACUGAGACCUUCAGUUUCCCACUGA